AACAAAGCAAAAAACUCAAGCGCUUGCUCUGAGAAGUUUGAUGGAGCUUUCAAAGCCACACCUCCGAAGCUCUGAUUUGCCUAUCUCCAUUGCUUCGGAUUCUCAGAUUUUGGGUACUUCUUCAUUUUCGCCCUCCCUUCCCUCUGAACCUCCUGAGCUAGGAAACUGGUUCCCAAACUAUCAGUAUGAAUCACCUUUACUAGAUACCAAUUAUGAAUUUGGGGAUUCUGUUUCUAAAAAAAUUGAAACUGGGCACAAGAAAUUUAGUGAAGAACAAGAAGAAAAUUUGAAAGGGUUUAAUGAAGUUGGAAAGAAAGAUGAAACUCUUGUUGGGCAGAAGCUGAAGUCAAAUGGGUCUUCAGAAUGCUAUUUUGGGAAUGAUAAAGAUGAAAAGCAGUGUUUGAGUGAGAAUGUUGAUUCUGCAUGCUCGGCUUCACUUCAUUCUGAGCCUAUUGACGUGGAACAAUGGUUCUCGAGCUAUGUGUAUGAAUCUCCUAUUUUGGAUACUGCUGAUGGUUUCAAAGAUUCUCUUGCUAAAGAGACUGAAUGUGAAGACAAUGAGUCUAUGGUUGAAGAGAGUAAAAGAAAUAAGGCAAAGGAAUAUAGAGAGUUCAGGAGAAUUAAAAGUAGUGAUGAUGGUGACAUUUCAAAUGGGCUUGGCAACUAUGACAAAACAUGUGAAUAUUACAAACAUGGAAAACAGUCUCCUGACAAGAAUGAUUCAAGGAGUGGAAGGAGCAGUCAAAUCUUGGCAGGUGAGACUGAUGUGUGCUUUGAAAGUGCACUUACAAAAUGCUUGGAAUAUACAGCAUUGCAAAACCAAGAAAUUCGUCCAGCUAAAGAUGUUGAGUUACCAAAUUUGGAUCAAGAAGAUCACCAACGCAGACUAAACUUUUCUAAUACAAUGGAAUAUGUCAAGGAUUCAGAAGCAAAGGGCCACAUAGAAGUAGAACCUAGCUUUUUAUCACCUAAGACUAAGAGUGGUAAUCUGGAGUCAGCUGUACUUAUGGUUAAUGGUGCAUCAAUUGAAAAAUCCACUGGUGGAUGCGACGACAAGGAAAAUGACAGAGAAGAAACUUCGAAAGAUGGUUUUGUUACGACAAGAAAGGGUAGAUUUAGCAAGGAAAAUGAAGAAAAUCUAUUUGAAUUGCCAAAACAAAAUAAAAGAGGGGCAGUUUCACUAGCUGGUGGAAAAGGUUCUGUUGUAGAAGUAGAAAGAAAGGCUUUAGCCGAAAGAACAAACUUUAGCCUCUCUAGGGCGCCUGAGACUACUGGAAAAUGGCAUUGUCCUCAGAAAAGAAAGCCAAAUCUUGGGCCUCCAUUGAAGCAGCUUCGCCUUGAGAGAUGGGUCCAAAGGCUGUGAAAGUUACCAACUGUGACAACUGCAAGGUUUUGAAUUAGGGCACUCUUAGACUGAUCAUGUCAUAACCCCAGUAG